AGAAAAGUUUGUGAAUUACCAUUUUUGAAGGCCUGUAAUUGGUAGCUCAGAACCUACAGAAUGAACUUCUGACGACUGUAUUAGAAUGGCACGCUCUUGAGUUGAAGCUGGUUGGUCAACAGGCUUUUUCGCUCUCAGUGCGCCGGGCAAUUUCAUCGGCUUCCUCCGAUUGCACUCGGCCGUUCUUGGUCCUUCAAUUUUGAAAUCGAAGACAGUACUGAAAACCCUAUAUUUAUAGGAAACCUAAUUGCCUGAUUCCGCUUUGUAAAUUUGCUUUCUCCAUUAGGGAUGCUGCAAAAUUGAUAAUUGUUAUCUCGCAUUAUAUUAUUUUAUUCCGGUAAUUGAACGAUAGCAGCGAACAACUCGAGUUCGUGUCAGGAUGCUAGGUGGUUUGUACGGAGAUUUACCUCCACCUUCAGAUGAGGAUAAACCUAGCAGCAACUCUUCGGUAUGGUCUAGCAGCGCAAAAAUGGCGCCAGCUACCCUUCGUAAACCUUCGUCUGUCUUCCCUCCGCCACAGACGGUUUUAAAAGCCCUAAACAAGCCGAAAGCUCCGAGUUCUUCGUCGGGUGUUCACACGAAAGCUGUUGUCUCAGCGGCAGUGGCGCCGCUCCCGUCAGAGGAGGUGACUGUGCAGCCUGCCCUAGUGGGAGUCACGUCUACGGUGGUGGAGGAAUAUGAUCCCGCGAGGCCAAAUGAUUACGAGGAUUACAGGAGGGAGAGGAAGAGGAAGGCCAUGGAGGCAGAGAUGCGGAGGGAGUUAGAGAGAAGGCGGCAGGAGGAAGAGGAGAGGGAGAGGGAGAGGGAGAAGGAAAGGGAGAGAGAGAGGGAGAGGAGAGAGAGAGAGGAGAAAGAAAGAGAUAGGGAUCAUAAUGAUUCGAGGUUGAAUAUCUCCGGAGAGGAAGCUUGGAAAAGGCGUGCAGCGAUGAGCGGUAACGUGCCACGAUCGCCUUCUCCUCCGAGCAGUGGAGAUGGGUUUAGCAUUGGGAAAUCAGAUACGAGUGGGUUGGGAGUUGGGGCUGGUGGACAGAUGACUGCGGCUCAGAGGAUGAUGGCCAAGAUGGGGUGGAAGGAGGGCCAAGGUCUUGGGAAACAGGAGCAGGGGAUCACCACCCCAUUGAUGGCCAAGAAGACGGAUCGUAGAGCUGGUGUUAUUGUUAAUGCCAGCGAAAAUAAGCCUGAGAAGAAGGUGAAGAGUGUGAAUUUCAAUGGACCUCCAACUCGAGUUUUACUACUCAGAAACAUGGUUGGGCCUGGUGAGGUAGAUGAUGAGCUAGAGGAGGAGGUUGGUUCUGAAUGUGCAAAAUAUGGCAAUGUUACCCGGGUUCUAAUAUUUGAGAUAACAGAGCCAAAUUUUCCAACUGAUGAGGCAGUCAGAAUAUUUGUGCAGUUUGAGAGACCAGAAGAAACGACCAAGGCGAUUAUUGAUCUUGAUGGCCGUUACUUUGGUGGUCGAGUUGUUCGGGCAUCAUUCUAUGACGAGGAGAGAUUUGGUAAGAAUGAGUUGGCUCCAAUGCCCGGAGAAAUUCCUGGUUAUACUUGAAUUGUCUGAAUGUCUAGAUUUGGUAGGAACGAGUUGAUAGGAAGUUGAGGAAGUUAGUUGUGUUUAAGAAUCGAGCAACGUUUUCAGGAGCAUUCAACUUUAAUUGGGAGAGCAAAGUUAAAAAAUCAUGCUUGUUGCAAUGAAGAAUUUGUAAACUUGGUGAACUCUUAGAUACAAGUAGCAGAGUUGACAACUAAUUUUUGCUCGUCUUCAAUCAAUUAUUUGAAAUUUGUCUUGCA